CUAUCGUCCCAUCUCGAAAUCAAGCACGAGGACUCCCAAGUCCAGCCAUGAAAGCCACGACGACAGCAGUGGCCCUCCUCGUGGCCGCCGCGGCCAUGGCGGCGCAGGUAGUCGCCGAGCAGUGUGGCUCGCAGGCCGGUGGGGCGCUGUGCCCGAACUGCCUCUGCUGCAGCUCCUACGGCUGGUGCGGCUCCACUUCCGACUACUGCGGCGACGGCUGCCAGAGCCAGUGCGACGGCUGCGGCGGCGGAGGUGGCGGCGGUGGCGGCGGGGGCGGCGGUGGAGGUGGGGGUGGCGGCGCGGUGGAGGCGGUCGUGUCGAAGGAGCUCUUCGAGCAGCUGCUGCUCCACCGCAACGACGCGGCGUGCCCCGCCAGAGGGUUCUACACCUACGACGCCUUAGUCACCGCCGCCGCCGCGUUCCCGGACUUCGCCGCGACGGGCGACGACGAGGCGCGCAAGCGUGAGGUCGCCGCGUUCCUCGGGCAGACCUCCCACGAGACCACGGGCGGGUGGGCGACCGCGCCCGACGGCCCCUACUCGUGGGGCUACUGCUUCAAGGAGGAGAUCGGCGCCACGGCCUCCUACUGCGUCCCCAGCGCCGAGUGGCCGUGCGCCCCGGACAAGAAGUACUUCGGCCGCGGCCCCAUCCAACUCUCCUACAACUACAACUACGGGCCGGCGGGAGAGGCCAUCGGCGAGGACCUCCUGAACAACCCGGAGCUGGUGGCGUCGGACCCGGUGGUGUCGUUCAAGACGGCGCUGUGGUUCUGGAUGACGCCGCAGUCGCCGAAGCCGUCGUGCCACGACGUGAUCACGGGGCAGUGGACGCCGAGCUCGGGGGACAUCGCGGCCGGGCGGGUGCCGGGGUACGGCGUGAUCACCAACAUCAUCAACGGCGGGUUGGAGUGCGGGUUCGGCCCCGACGACCGGGUGGCGAACCGGAUCGGCUUCUACCAGCGCUACUGCGACGUGCUCGGCAUCGGCUACGGGAGCAACCUCGACUGCUACGACCAGAGGCCGUUCAACAGCGGGUUGACGGCGGCGCAGUGAACAGCUAGUAGCUUCGCCGGCGGCGACUGGCUGGCGGUAAAAUAAGAGUGCUUUGCCACUCACUCCCUGUACGUGUCGUCGUACAAGUACGUACUUACAACGUACUAGUAUCGAGUCGAAGUAUGGUGUGUCAUAAACUUGUAACCGGGCUGAAACCGAUAUAUAUGCAUGUGGCACAGUGUCAGUCCAAUAUUUCAGAAUAAAUAAAUGGACAACAAAAUUCUCUUUUAA